AUGUCUUCAACAAACUAUCCUUGCAAAUCCAACGUAUUGACUGUCGAAGAAUAUUCCCACAAGAAAUUUGCUAAGCAUACAAACAAGCGCAAGCAAAAAGAAAUGGAAGAUAAGGAAAAUGAAAUCAGUGUACAAACUAUAUUGGAAAUGGCAAACAACAAAACGGAACAACCCUCAAGCAAAAGAAAACAAACUAAAGCUUUAUUUAGACCCUGGCUCGAUGAUGAAGUUACGAUAAAAGAAACAAAGCCUAGCACAACAACAAAAGUUUUAAAGCCAACAGCUUCUAAUCAAAUCAAGGCACGAACACAGCAAACAAAAUGGAAUCGCCAACAACUUGCCCAGCUCAUACAUCAAUACAAUCAACAGGCUCAACAGUAUUUGUUGCAACAACAAUAUUAUGCCUAUUAUCAACAGCAACAAGUUGCCGCUGCUAAGCUGCGACAUACUAUAUAUCUACAGCAACUACAACAACAAGUUUUAACUAGCGUUUAA